AGGCCCAAGAGUCUGUCAAUGCCCAGACUUGCUGGACGCGUGCCUAGCGCCCGAACUCGUCACCGCCAUGGCCAUGCGCACAGCCUCCAGUAUGCGAAGCGCGCUUCAUCCGCGGCAAAGCCGCGGCUAUGAGCCAUAUGUCACACGGUCAAGUACAGGUCCAAGGGCAGCAGAGGUGGCAGGUGCUGAUGCUGCAGCUACAAGCCUUUUUACUUGUGGCUCCUUGAAUGAUUGGCUGCGGCCAGAAGCAGCGCCCUUUCAAGGAUUGCAUCUGAAACGGUGCAUCACGUGGCCAAACUAUCAAGUGGAGAUUGACCGUUGCCAGAGGGAUUUCGGGGUCGAGGCUCAAAUCGAACGGACCGUUUUCUCCAAGCAGGUCGGCUGGACAGACAUUCCGCGAGCGGCGGAUGAGAUUUUGCGCGGCGUCACCUUGCCAGAGGACGCACGUUCUGCACGUUCGGACAAGACGCGUCGACACGAAGGUCGACCAGACAUCAACUGAUGUCGAAGGUCGACCAGUGAACACUGCGUUUGCCUGAAGUAGCUGGUGAACUUGUGAACCCCAGUCCCCCAGUUGAAAAACCCUCCCCUGGCCUGAUCAAGCAAGUCUACGGGAAUAAGUCUACGGGAUCUAACUGGUGUUUUUCACCCUAGACCCCCCUCUGAAAAAUAAUCCCCUGGGCUGAUCGAUCAAGUCCACCAGAUUGAAGUGUCUGAUUAACACAGGCCUGGUGUUGAUUGGAACAUGUUGGGUGGUAAGGACCUUUUGUCCACCAUAAGGGCCGAUAUGUGUGAGCUUGGCAUCACAGUGGCAUCGUUAUGCCCUUGGAGCAAGAGCAUCAUUGUGAAAUUGGAACUCAUGGGGGAACACUCGUGCCCUCGCUGGCAUCGAGAUAACUACUGUGGCAGGGGCAUUGUGACCUACAAUUUGGCUGGCACUGAAUAUGCAACUGAUGCUGCUGGACCAGCAUUCAAGCUCGUCUGCAUCUUUUUCUUCACUUAGAGAAUUGUCUUUAUCAAGAGAAGAAGACUGAAGAAUUCCGAAAUACCGUCAUCAGAAAUUCUUAAGUGAUGAUCAAUGAAUCACUGGACACUUUUGCGAGAGGAUGCAGAAGCGUGUUUCCACCACUUGACACAAAACACCCCUGGUGUUUUCCCUCACUCAGGACAUUGUGGACUUUUGGGAAUUGGAGAAUUGCGGCCUCUCGGCGGCCGGCGCUUUGCGUGUUGGCGCAUUCGCCGUGCAUGUCCCUGACAUGAAACGCCGUUUCGCGGCUCCCUCGCGGCUUCUCCCGGGCGUUUCGCGGCUCCCUCGCGGCUCCCUCGCGUUGUCUGAGGCAACAACGACCACAUCAUUCGGGACGUGUCCAAAGUUCGACAGGUCAAUGUCGGCGACAUGCUCUUCAUUAAGGGCAAUCAGUUUCCCGGUGGCUCCGGGGGGCUGGUUCACAAGUCACCCCCAGUUCAAUACUCUGAUAUUGGCGUGGUGCUGAAUCGCUUGGUGCUCAAGAUCGAUGUGCCGUGAAUGCCGAUUUUAACAUUCGCCUGGGAGUCAAAGACUAUAAUAAGAAUGGUCUUUAGGGGAACUGAUUUCGGGAACUUCCUUUACUUCAGCCGGUCAAAAUAUAGUCUUUGGACUUCUAGGGAUUCUUUUUUUUCCAGCCUCAAAUCUGGAGAAUUGGUACAGGACAGCAGUCGAAAGGUCGACUGUGAGCGAACUGCUAGCUAGCUGCUACGGCGACUGCCCGACACUUGCAGCUUCCCCGUAGUGCCGCCAAGUCCUGGGCCCGACACUUGCAGCUUUCCUUCUGACUUGUUUUGAUAUUUUUU